AUGGGGAUUUAUUUAUUGGAUAAAUUUGGUGUCAAUAAUAUUGAGUUAAUCCAUUUAUAUUUACUCUUAAGUUGUCUCUUCUAUCUUUUUGUUUCUCACCUUCUCAUUUUCAUACUGAAUAAAAUUUUCUUAUGUUUACAUAAUCCUCUUUCUUAAUUCCAAUAUUUUUGUUAUUAACUGUGCUAAUCCAAAUUUUUAAUAUUUAUUUUUUAAGUAACCUAUCAGGAUUAUUAGUUAGACCUAUUGUAAAGAGCAUUUAAAGGUUAUCCUUUUUAAUUAAAUUUUAUAAAUCCAAUCAUAUUCUUGGUUUUGAUCCAGUCUAUUAUUUUCAAAGAGGGUGGAACCACAUCUCACACUUCAGUUAUUUUCAAAAGGUUUUUUAGUGACUAAUAAUUUUGGCUGAACUAUAAUUAAAAAUCCCUCCGAUUUCAAUUAUUACCUCAUUUUAAAAAAUUCUAGAAAAUUUCUUUAAAAUUUUUAUAUUAUGAUGGAUAGUUGACAGUCUGGCAGAUUUAAACCAUCCCAAUCCACAUUUGCGAGCAAUCUCUAAACGUCGCAUAGACUUGA